AAACCGAAAGGAGUGUAAAUAUACAAAACCGGCACAAUCUGGAAGAUUGCACGUAACAUGGAUACCGGGCUCACAAAAGGUAGGAGCUCCUUUGGGAUGAAUAUGUCAGAAACAAAUACCAGUCUCCGUGUGGACAUUGCAGACAUUGCAGUGGUUGUUGUCUACUUUAUCGUCGUCAUGGUGAUUGGAAUCUGGUCAUCAGUGCGAGCCAAUCGCUCCACUGUGGGGGGGUACUUCUUGGCUGGACGUUCAAUGACAUGGUGGCCUAUUGGGGCCUCUUUGAUGUCCAGUAAUGUUGGAAGCGGUUUGUUUAUUGGUCUCGCAGGAACAGGAGCUGCUGGAGGUAUUGCUGUUGGGGGAUUUGAGUGGAAUGCAGCAUGGGCUCUGGUGGCUCUAGGUUGGAUUUUUAUCCCUGUUUAUAUCGCUGCUGGUGUGGUAACCAUGCCUGAAUAUCUGGCCAAACGUUUUGGAGGCCGCAGGAUACGCUUAUACAUGUCUGUUCUGUCACUUAUACUCUACAUCUUCACCAAGAUAUCAACAGAUAUCUUUUCAGGUGCUUUGUUCAUCCAGGUGUCAUUUGGCUGGAAUCUCUACCUUUCUACAGGCAUCCUGCUUUUGGUUACUGCUGCUUACACUGUGGCAGGUGGUUUGGCAGCAGUCAUCUACACUGAUGCACUCCAAACUGUGAUCAUGGUUGGGGGUGCCUUUUCAUUAAUGUUCAUAGCUUUUUCCAAGGUUGGCUGGUAUGAAGGCCUUGUGGAUCGCUACAUGUCAAGUGUUCCCUCUGUGAUAGUUGCUAACACUACCUGCCACAUUCCCCGGAAUGAUGCAUUUCACAUGUUCAGAGAUCCUGUGACAGGGGAUUUACCCUGGCCAGGUCUAGUUUUUGGGCUUACUGUACUGGCUACAUGGUGCUGGUGCACAGAUCAGGUUAUAGUCCAGAGGUCUCUGUCAGCCAAAUCUUUGUCUCAUGCUAAAGCAGGCAGUGUUUUGGGAGCCUACCUCAAGGUGCUGCCCAUGUUCUUCAUUGUGAUGCCUGGCAUGAUAAGCCGAGCGCUGUUCCCAAAUGAGGUUGGUUGUGUGGAUCCAGCACUGUGUCAGAGUAUAUGUGGAGCCUCAGUCGGCUGCUCUAAUAUUGCUUACCCUAAACUAGUGGUAGAACUAAUGCCUGUGGGUCUCCGUGGCCUCAUGCUGGCUGUAAUUUUAGCUGCACUGAUGUCCUCUCUGACCUCCAUUUUUAACAGCAGCUCCACCCUGUUCACUAUGGACCUCUAUCACAGAGCCAGGCCAAGAGCUUCUGAGAAGGAGCUCAUGGUUGUUGGAAGGAUUUUCAUCCUUGUCUUGAUGUGUAUUAGUCUGUUAUGGAUUCCAAUUAUCCAGACAGCUAAUAGUGGACAGCUGUUCGAAUAUAUCCAGUCUGUGACCAGCUUUCUAGCACCACCCAUUACUGCUGUUUUCCUAAUGGCAAUCUUCUGGCCUCGUGCCAAUGAGAAGGGUGCAUUCUGGGGUCUGAUGUUUGGCCUGGUGGUUGGACUGAUCCGCAUGGUUCUGGAGUUCUCCUAUAUGCCUCCUUCCUGUGGUCAGACUGAUCACAGGCCUUCUGUCCUGAAAGAUGUGCAUUACCUUUACUUCGCUCUCAUACUGAUGGUCCUCACCUGCCUUGUAAUUGUUGCUGUCAGCUUGGCAACUCCCCCUGUACCCAAAGAACAUCUGUACAGGCUGACCUGGUGGUCAAGACACAGCCUUGAGCCACGGAUUGAUCUCACAGAUCCCCAGAUGCCUCCUGACUCAAUGAACUCGGUCAGUUCUGACACUGACAGCUUGCCUCAGCCAACCUGGAAGAGAACUCUUAUGUGGCUCUGUGGUCUGAGCGGAUUGACCUCUCAGUCUGCACCUCCAGUGACUGAAAACAAUAAUGUCAACUUUCUAGAAGAGAAGCCAGUUUGGAGAAAAAUCUGCAAUAUAAACGCUCUGUUACUACUGACCAUGAAUGUGUUUCUCUGGGGAUAUUUUGCAUAAUAUAGAGAUGUCUUCAAAACUUUUAGACUUUUUUUUUACAACAUGAGGGUAAAAGGUAGAACAUUUUAAAUAAUUUGGGAACCAAAAAUUGAAUUGGCACAAACACAUGAUAAUCAAAUAUUAAUUAACUAAUUAUUUAAAUAUGAUUUAGAAAUUUCCUAUAUUAAAUUUGUUUUCAGUUAAUAUGAUCUAUUUCUCAAUUUUAAGGAAGUCACAUGGAACUUUAACUUUAUAAAUCACCAAGUUGUUAUUAAUUUGUUCUUCAAAUUAAUAACAAAUUAAUCCCCAACAUGUCUACAUAAUAUUUUGUAAUUUCAUUAAUAAAUUUGGUGAAGUGUUGUCUCAUAUCACAGUCAAAUGGUGCCAUGAAGUAGAAGCUAUCAAACUGUUAAUAAAAAGUGUGAAAUGGCCACUAUAAGACAUCCAUGGUAAUAACCAGUGCCAUUUCUUCAACUUUCCUUUAAAUUUUUUCCACCACAAAAUAUCUACUUAUCUUUGCCCAAUAGGUAGGUGCUUUAUCCCGUCCUGUUUCUCCCUGUUAUUUGUGCUGGCAAUUGAGCUGCUGGCU